CGUAACUUCGCUGUCGUAAACGGAUGCGUCGUUCUCGACGGCGUUCUGCCUGUGUCUGUAAAACGCUGAUAAACACGUAAAAAACUUGGGAUUUCAUCAUCAAUUUAAUUGAGACAGUUAAAUAAGAAAUGUGUGAUGUCGGUCUCGGAUCCUUUGAUCAAGGAAUUGAAAGGUUACACUCGAAGAUUUACAGAAAAUCGUGCUGAUAUUACGGAUAAGACAGAAGAGCUUACACUUUUCUGUAGAUGCUUGGAAAAAUGUUUUCAAAGAGGGGUAUCUAUACAAAUGAAUCCCAUGGGUAUUCCGAAUUUCCCAGAUGCCUUGCAAUGGAUGAAAGAUAUAUCAAGAAGAAGAGAAGAUUCAUUAAUUUCUUACACGUCCAUAGUAGAGACUGUACUAGAGAAUCAAAAAGUUCAAGAAUCUAGUGGUAGGCUGAGGCUUUUAAUACGAACAUGUUUAAAUCGUAAAUGCUUACACGUUCCAGUUGGUUAUCUUGUAAGGACACCGUUUUUAGCUUUAGAUUAUUAUAGUCCAAACAGCAUUUUAGGCGACGAAAUUUUAGGCGAAAUAUUAUAUUCAGUCUUAUUGCAAAUCAGUAGACUAAAUUUUAGAUUAAAUUUAAGAAACGCAAGUUUUUUAGAUGACACUUGGGAUUUGCCAGAAUGUUGUAGUCUUGAUUUUGUGCCUUGCAAAACACUUGGCUUAUCAGUGUGUUUUACAAGGGGUAAAACAUUGAUUAUAAAAAUUAAAAAACAUUCUGUUGCAGCUGAGGAUGAAAGGAUAGAAGUUGGGGAUGUGCUGGAUGAAAUUAAUGGCAAUAUCAUAUCAAUUCAAACUAGAGCAAAUCUUCAUAAGAUAAUGAAAAAGACUGCAUGUCUUCCUAUUUCUGUUCAUAUAGUUAAGUACCGUAAUAGUAAAACAAAAGAAACAUUUGCACCUAUUGUUAAUGUAAUAAAAAGUUCAGGCCUUGAUCAUAUGAAACAAUUGUUGAGAUCUCCUGCAUUAGAAUUCAUGAAACCACUAGAAACGCAACAACCAUCAUCACCUCAAAAAGAAGACAAAACCUUACAAGAAGGAAAACCUGGUUGCCUAUUUGAUUAUUGUGGAUCAAUAUGUGUUGGUAGAGAAGGUGAUGUUAAACAAAUUGAGAAAGGAAUAAGACGACUGCUACAUAUAGGAAAUAUCAAAUAUAUUCCGAUUAGGUUUGAGUGCCUUGAAAUUGGUGUAAAAAUUACACAAAAUUUUGAUAAUAAAGUGAUUUUUGAUUAUAGUUAUAUGGAAAUUUCAUCAUGUGGACAUUCUGUUAAUUUUCCACAUUACUUUGCUUUUAUUUCUGGUGAAACCAAUUGCAGUAUAGCUACCAAUUUUGAAGCACACAUAUUUUAUCAUAAGAAUGAAACAGAAGUACAAACAAUCCUCCAAAGUUUGGGACAAGGAUUCUAUCGGACUCAUUUUGCAGUGUAAAAUUGAAGUAUUUUUGUACUAUUGAAGAACUGUUGACUUAGAAACAACAAAUACAUCUUAGCCCUUGUCUAUUUGAAAAACUCUAAGAAAAUGUCACUAUGGCAACAAUCAUUUUUAACAAUAUACAUUCAAAUAAUAUUCUUCUACUAACUAUCAAAACAUAUUCAACAAUUAUGCAUUACAAUUUUGAUGAGCUCAAUUUUCAACAAGAACUUCUUGUAAUUUAAGUCCUUCACUUUUCAAAAAUAGCUCAGAUAUUUGCAGAGUUAAUAUAUAUAAUAUAUCUGUAAAUACAAUUAUUAUACUAAACAAUUUGUG